GUUGUCUUUUCUUGUCUUGCUGUCCUAGUACUUCACCAACCUCAUUCUGCAACACCACAUCCAAGUAUCACCACCACUGAAGCUUGACCAUCCCCAAGCUUCACGAUCACUCCCCUCAUUACUGAACUCCAAAACACGGAAACCCCUAUUCUCUCCCCUCACCACCACCACCACAAUCCAUCACCAUGGGUUUCGGCGACGGCAAAGUAGUGGACAUCCACACCCACAUGUACCCGCCCGAAUACGUCAAGAUCCUCGAAUCCCGCACCUCCAUCCCCCUCGUGCGCUCCUUCCCCGGCUCCCCCGACCCGCGCCUCAUCCUGCUCGACACCGAGGUUCCCAUCCUCGAAGAAGCCGAAGCGGCCAAAGCACGGGGCGAGACGCCCGCCAACAUCCCCGGCCGGCCCUUGACCAAGCACUACUCCUCCCUCAACCAAAAGAUGCACUUUAUGGAAACCCACGAAAUCGACAUCUCCGUCGUCUCCCUCGCCAACCCCUGGCUUGACUUCUUAUCCGCCUCCGAAGCGGGACCCAUCGCCGAGUCCAUCAACGCCGACUUCAGCCGCAUGUGCGAAGAGAAAUGCGGCCGGCUUUUCUUCUUUGCCGCUUUACCUCUGACCGCUCCCCGCGACGUCAUCCUUGCCUCCAUCGCCCACGUUUCCAACCUGCCUUAUUGCCGGGGCGUCAUCCUUGGUACCUCCGGUUUGGGAAAGGGGCUAGACGACCCCGAUCUCUUGCCCGUCUUUCACGCCCUCGCGGACGCAAGACUCAUGAUCUUCUUGCAUCCGCACUACGGUCUGCCUAACGAAGUCUGGGGGCCCCGCGCCAAGGAGAACUACGGCCACGUCUUGCCGCUUGCUCUUGGUUUUCCCAUGGAAACCACCAUUGCUGUCACGAGGAUGUAUUUGGCGGGGGUGUUUGAUCAGGUGCCGAAGCUGAACAUGUUGCUGGCCCAUUCGGGCGGGACGUUGCCCUUCCUGGUGGGGAGGAUAGAAAGCUGUAUUUUGCAUGAUGGACAUUUGCACUCUGCGGGGACGAAGCCGAAGAAGACGAUUUGGGAGGUGUUGAGUAGUCAGAUUUAUCUUGACGCCGUGGUGUAUAGCGAUGUGGGGUUGAAGGCUGCCGUGCAAGCCAGCGGGCCGGAGGGACACGAGAGAUUGAUGUUUGGUACUGAUCAUCCGUUUUUCCCGCCGUUGGGAAGCGAUGAAGAGGGCGAGUGGGAGAGUGUUACGUGGAAUGGGGCGGCGGUGAGGAAGGCGUUUGGAGCGGAGGAUGGGGAAGAUAGUGAGGAAGGGAAGAAGGUUAGGGGAGUGAUGGGCGCGAAUGCGGUUAGGGUGUUGAACUUGAGGAGAGAUGGGUGCCGAUAGUUGCGGGGUGAAGAAAGGAGGGUUGUGAAUAGAUAUUAUGAGGUGUAUAUACACAACGGAGGGCUGGCCCUUGAUAUUAAAAAUAUGGAGGAAAAUGGAAUGCGAUAUAAAGCAAUCUCUUUCGAAAUGCAAACCUCCGUUCGGUGAAUUAUCCACCGAAUGUCCUCG